GGUUAUUGUUCAAGUCCACUAUAGGGCGGAUGACGAUCUUGAUAUUAUAUUUUAUACUCGGGUAAUCGUACAGAGAUAAAAAAAUAUAUAUUAUUUUCGUCAUCACGUCAUUGUAUACGAAAUUGUCAAAAAUUAUACCACGGUGUAUAAUAUGAUACGAAACGAUUUUUUUACUUAAGCGUUUCGCGAAAACGGCUGGUGUAUAGGUUUUUAAUUUUUUUUUUUACGGUACCUACACGCUAUUAUAGUUUGUGUAUUAUAAUAUUAUUGCACAAUAUUUUCUUCAAGCAAUUUUACGUAAAAAUCACGGGUUUCAAAACGGAUAAAAUAUUCAGGAUGUUUUCGCACUCGUCGUUGCGAUGGUCGACGUCGGUGUUCAUGCUGUCGACACUAACGUUGGCCGAGUUCGACGGUCAAAUUCAUCGGAACGACGACGGUGCAUUGCCGUUACCGCGGUCGUCACAAUUAUCGGCGCUCAACGGCUCCGACAUGGCCUUUCUGGGUAAAGGUGAAAACGUACCACUGAAGGACGACGACAUUUAUCCCGAGUCGUGGGUCUCCGAUUUGUUUUACCGAGCGUUGGUUAAUUUUACUAUUCAGCACGUGGGCAGCUCCGCUUGCCAGAGACAAGUGGACAUGUACGUUAGAAACCUACAGAAUUACACCGAUUGGGCCGUCAGAAUGGCAGAGUCUUGGAAUCGACAUCCAAUUGGCAUACUAGCUGGCAACAAAUAUCAUAUGGGUAAUUAUGACGAAUGUGUUGACGUUAAUUAUCCAGUGAAGGGACAGUAUUGUUUGUCCGAAAUACAUUUAAUUUCGCCAAUGGGAAAAAAUUACAGUUUCCAAAACGGAACAGAUACCAUUAACGAAGUUGGCGACAAUCACGCGUGGAAAACAAUACUUGGGUGGGUCGAUUCUCCGGAUCUAGUCAAACGAAACAGUUUGAAUUUAGGGAUAUGCAUACCGGAUUCUUGUUCAGCGUCAGAUCUACAGACUUCGUUGCAAAAUGAAUUUGAUAAGGUGUUUUUACCGGAGACGUUCAAAGCUGUCGUUCAAGUAGACCCGAUACUCUGUACUGUGAGUGGAGAUAUGUAUCCUUACGACAUGGCGUAUUUUUUAACCAGUGCAUUUUUCAUUCUAGUUGUUAUGAUUUGUUGUGGUGUGACCGUUUGUCAUUUCAUAAAACUAUCGUGUCAACAAAAUAAAACCUUUUCUGAUGAUGAAUUCUUUAUUUCAUUUUCAUUUAUCAAGUCUGUCAAAGAAUUAUUAAAGUAUGAUAAAACAAACGAACUUAAUAUACUGAAUGGUGCGAAAGUGUCAACCAUGUUAUUCAUUUUAUUUGGUCAUAGAUUCAUGUUUUUAGUAGGAAAUCCUAUGAGUCAUCCUCAAUUGAUCGAAAAUAUGUACACUUAUGGACCUGAUUCAUUAUUGACUAGUAUGAAUCUAGUCGAUCCGUUUUUCUUUAUUAGUGGUUUUAUCUUGUACGCGACAAUCUCUCCGAUAUUCAUGAACGUUGGAUCAGUAUGGAUAAAGCUUGCGUCACCGGUUAUCUACCGAAUAAUGAGAUUGUUACCGGCUUAUUGUGCAAUGAUGGCGAUCACAGCUAAUAUCGUACCUCAUCUUGGAGGCGGGCCACUUUGGCCUCAAAAAACCUGGAGCGAAGCCGAGACAUGUAAGAAAUAUUGGUGGACCAAUUUGCUUUUUAUAAGUAAUUUUAUUGACGCCAAGUACGAAUGCCUCAUAGUGAGCUGGUACAUAUCGUGUGACGUUCAGUUCUUCAUAGUUGGAGUUGUUUUAGUUUAUGUUUACACAAAGAACAUUAAAUACGGAAUUGGAUUGCUCUCUACCAUUAUUAUUUCGUCGAUAAUUACGCCAUUUAUAAUCACGAUUUUGAAAGAAAACGAUGGAAUUCUUAAAGUACACCUUCCAUUUUUAGAAAACCCCAGAACUUCUAUAACGUUUAAUGAGUCUUACAGAGCAAGUCACUUGCGAGCCACGCCUUUUUUUGUCGGGUUGGCAAUGAGCUUGGUUAUUAAAAAAUUGAAAGAGCAAAAAAAAUUUUUUUCAGCGAUUACCGUCUAUGGAGGGACGUUUGUUGUAACUGUGGUCAGUUUGUGGGUACAGUUUUAUGGUGGUAUAUUUUAUGCUAGACAUAGACCUUAUUAUCUAUUUGAACACGCUCUAUAUUCGACUAUCAGCCAUUGGACAUGGACGGCAAUAUGUGCGUGGGUCACUAUUUGUUAUUACACAACUGGUUACGGUCUUUUAUCAAAAGUUUAUGAUAACAGAUUUAUUGUACCCAUUGGGAGACUCUCAUACUCCGUUUUCUUGGUGAACCUAAUCGUUAUGAUGAUGUCUCAGAGUUCUCAAAGACUACCUAAUUAUCUAUCAAUAAAAUCAUUGUUGGAUGCUUGGAUAUCCGAUACAUUUAAAACUUAUUUAAUGGCCUUAGCAUUACACUUAGUUAUAGAAGCGCCGUUUGGAAAUUUGAUUAGACAAAUGUUCGGUCGAGGGAAAAAGAGUGACUCGUCCAUAAGAAACGAAAUACCAAUUGAAAAAACUACAACUGCAGAAACUCCAAAAAAAGUUAUGACUCAUUUAUAAUAGAUAUUAGCCUAUUAAAUCUUAAAACAUAAGCUGAAUAGAUAUUACUUUUUUUUGUAUAUUAUAUAAACUAUAUUAUAAUUCAAUUUUCAUCAGAUAUGCGAUUUAUAAUAUUUUUUUUUUGUAAAUCAUAGUUAAGUCUUAUAAACAUGUAUAAUAAUCAUUUUUAAGAUUUCUUCUGUACCCGGCCGGGGGGGCGCUGCUGAGUGCCUGAACACUAAUGUAAAUUCUCUUGUCACUUACCAUUAAAUUAUUAAAUUUGCUUAUUGUACUUUACGUUGUGUCGAUUGUAAAUAUUUUAAAUAUAAAAUAAAAUAAAAAACAUC